AUGCCAUUCAAAAUUGCUUUAGACGAUCUCACACCAAACAACUUAGGAGUCAUUGAGAAAAUCAAUAGUGUGUGUUUGCCAGUACAAUUCGACCAUCAAUGGUAUAAGGAAUCGCUUGAAGAGAAUCAGGGACAUUUGGUGAAAUACGCCUUUUUCAACGAACUACCGGUCGCGGCCAUCAAGGCCCGAGUAAUCACCAAAAAGGGUCAUGCCAGUCCCUCGUUUGUCUAUAUCGACUCCAUCGCAGUGUUGGAGGCUUACAGAGGGUAUGGUAUUGGUAAGAAACUACUUGAUUGGUUAGUCGAGGAAAGUAAAACCAGAUUCAUACACAAAAUCCAGUGUCAUGGCUGGAAGGAAAGCGUUGAUUGGUACGUAAAACAAGGUUUUACAAAUGAAGGGGAAGUAAAGGGAUAUUAUGAGAAGCAAGGCUUGACUGGUGAUGAUGCUAAUGCUGCCUUAUUGUCCUUAGAGUUCUAA